AUGGCUCACGACAUCAAGACACCUGAGGCCGGACCCUCUGGCGAUGCAGCCAGCCUCUCCUCCCAUGGCAUGCCCACUCAAACUCACGACUCGACCCUACACAAAGACAUUUGGCUUUCCAAACUCAACAAGUGGUGGUCCGACUCAGAAGAAGCUGCCAUCCGACGCAAGCUGGAUUUGCGUAUCGUGAUCACUUCCUUCUUCCUAUACCUUGCAGCCCUGCUCGACAGAUCAAAUAUUGGCAAUGCCAAGAUGGCUGGGAUGGAGCGCUCUCUGGGCAUGUCCGAUUCGCAAUUCCAGUGGCUCCUCACGAUCUUCUACAUCGCCUACAUCGUCUUCCAAUUCCAGGUAUUUAUGUACAAGCUGCUGCCUCCACGCAUCUGGAUGACUUUCUGCGUUCUCGUAUGGGGCAUCAGCGGCGUCUGUCAAGCGACGACGCAGAAUUGGGCGGGUAUGAUGGCAGCCAGGUUCUGGUUGGGCUUGAGCGAAUCUGGCUACGGGACAGGCUGGGCCUUGUACUUGAGCUUCUUCUACCCAAAGACGGAGAUUGGUUUGAGGUUCGGUAUCUUUGUAUCGGCGGGAGCAAUCUCUGCGGCGCUUGCAGGUUCCAUCGCAUAUGGACUGGUGCAUGUUCACACAGAGGUAGAGUCUUGGAGGCUGUUGUUCCUGAUCGAAGGUAUUCCGACAUUGAUCUUGGUUCCCAUCACAUACCUCGUCUUGCCCAACAGCAUUCAGACUGCCAGCUUCCUCACCGCACGAGAAAAGGCGAUUGCCGAAGCUCGACUCUUCCGACCACCACCCCCUGAAGCUAUCGAGAUCGAAGAGACAGGUCAAGCCACCGAUCCUGGUGUAACAAGACGGAUGAAGGAGCAGGUCAGCUGGACCAAAGCCGCCUCUGCCUUCACCGACCCUAUGUCCUACAUCACUGCGGUUUUGUUCUUCAUCAUCAACGUCGGCUAUUCGAGUGUUCCCGUCUACACUCCUACGCUCAUAUCAGAAAUGGGUUUCGGCAGCAUCAAAGCGCAAGGUCUCUCAGCACCACCUUAUGUUCUCGCCUUCAUGAUCUCCAUCACGGCGUGCUGGCUCACGGAUCGCUGGCAGAUUCGCGGCCCUGUUUGCACUUUCCUUCUUACUAUCGGCGCUAUCGGAUACAUCAUGCUGGCUUGUCUUCGCUCCCCAGCGGCACGAUACGUCGGUGUCUGGCUCAUCAUCAACGGCCUCUUCCCUUUCAUCCCUAUCCUGUACAUGUGGUUGAUGACGAAUCAGGUCAGCGAAUCGAAGAAAGGUCUCGGUUUGAUCAUCUUUGCCACCAUCGGCCAGUGUGGUCCUUUGCUCGGAACGCAUCUCUUCCCUGCCAAGGAGAAGCCAUACUAUGUCAAGGGUACAGCAACCAGUGCGGCAUUGCUGCUGUUCGGUGUCAUCAUCUCUGCCGGGUUGAGCUUCAGGUUCUGGAGGAUUAACCGACGUAGAGAUCGCGAGGAUGCCAUGAUGGCUCAAUCAGACAACAACGCAGCUGGUGCUACUCCAGAGGUGAAGAGGCCAAGUGGAAGCGAAGUGGACGAGGAGAGGCGGGCUGGAGUCGGCGAGAGUACCUUGAUGAGCGAGGAAGAAGUAAGAAAGAUUGACGUCUUGCUGCGCGGUGAAGAGAGUUCUUACUUCCGAUACACCAUUUGA